GCUAAGCAGUUGGACGUAGCUCGGAGUAACCUGGUCCAGGAGAAGGUAUCUCAGCCCAGAGCCAAGGGCUGGACCCGAAAAGCAGCCGCACUGGGGCUCAUUGGUGGAGGCGGCCCCGGUCCCGCCCGCCAGAGGCGGGCACAGGGGACCUGCCCUGUGCCGGGAGCUGCCCGCCGUCCCGGCAGCGGGGCAGUGCAUGGGGCGGGAGGGCAGCCGAGCCUUUCCCCGGACGCGGGGGCGAGCGGCAGCGCCGGUGCAUGCGGUGGGGCGGAGCGGGGGCAGCCCGGAGUGAUGCGAAGUUGAGGGAGGACGGAGCGAGGGAGCCUCCUCUGCUCGCAGGGCAGCCCAGCCCCGCAGCAGGUGCAGCAGAGCCCGGGCGGAGGGAGGCACCGGCGGGCCCGGCGCUCUCGGCGCCGCAGCAGCGCCGCAGCCCGGGCCGGGCGGACCCGGCUGAAGGACAAGAGCCCCGAGCGGAGCUGCGGUCGUCGGCUCCUUACCAGAGGCAGCGACGCGGAGGAGCGGCCCUGAAGGGAGAGCGCUAUGAAGCCGUACACUCCAGCCUUCAUUCUCCUGUGGAGUGCUGUUGGGAUAGCGAGGGCUGCCAAAAUCGUUGUUGUGCCGCCAAUUAUGUUUGAAAGCCAUCUUUAUAUUUUCAAGACUCUGGCCUCAGCCUUGCAUGACCAAGGUCACCAGACAGUGUUUCUCCUCUCUGAGGGCAGAGAGAUUCCUCCAUCUAAUCACUACAGACUUCAGCGCUACCCAGGGAUCUUUAACAGCAGCACCUCGGAUGAUUUCCUGCAGUCCAAGAUGAGGAGUAUCUUCUCGGGGAGGCUGACUGCCCUCGAACUGUUCGAUAUCCUGGACCACUACUCCAAGAACUGCGACAUGAUCGUCGGCAACCGAAACCUCAUGCGUGCCCUCAAACAGGAGAACUUUGACCUGCUCCUGGUAGAUCCCAACGAGAUGUGUGGAUUUGUUAUAGCCCAUCUUUUAGGGGUUAAGUACGCCGUGUUUUCCACUGGCCUCUGGUAUCCAGCAGAAGUGGGCGCUCCGGCUCCCCUGUCCUACGUUCCAGAAUUUAACUCGCUGCUCACAGAUCGCAUGAACCUAUUUGAGAGGAUUAAAAAUACCGUUGUGUAUCUUAUUUCAAGAUUUGGAGUCAGUUUUUUGGUUCUGCCAAAAUAUGAAAGGAUAAUGCAGAAACACAAGGUUCUUCCAGAACGGUCCAUGUACGACUUGGUCCAUGGGUCCAGCCUGUGGAUGCUUUGUACGGAUGUAGCGCUGGAGUUUCCGAGACCUACGCUACCCAACGUUGUUUAUGUGGGAGGAAUCCUAACGAAGCCGGCCAGCCCUCUGCCAGAAGAUCUGCAGGCGUGGGUGAACGGCGCUCACCAGAACGGCUUUAUCCUCGUCUCCUUCGGCGCUGGAGUCAAGUACCUGUCGGAAGACAUCGCCAAUAAGUUGGCACACGCCCUGGCAAGGCUGCCCCAGAGGGUUAUCUGGAGGUUUUCAGGAAACAAACCAAGGAAUUUAGGCAACAAUACCAAGCUGAUCGAAUGGUUGCCACAAAAUGACCUCCUCGGUCACUCUAACAUUAAAGCUUUCCUCAGUCACGGAGGCUUGAACAGCAUUUUUGAAACCAUGUACCACGGGGUGCCAGUGGUGGGCAUUCCCCUCUUCGGAGACCAUUACGACACCAUGACCCGUGUGCAGGCCAAAGGGAUGGGAAUACUGCUCAACUGGAAGACCAUGACUGAGAGUGAGCUCUAUGAAGCCCUAGUAAAAGUUAUUAAUGACCCCAGCUACCGGCAGCGGGCACGGAGGCUGUCGGAGAUCCACAAGGACCAGCCUGGACACCCCGUGAACCGGACUGUGUACUGGAUCAACUACAUCCUGCGCCACAACGGAGCCCAGCAUCUACGGGCUGCUGUUUACAGCAUCUCCCUGUUUCAGUAUUUCUUACUGGAUAUUGCCUUGGUCCUACUAGUGGGUGCUGCCUUACUUUACUAUGUUUUGGCCAGGAUGGCAAAGUUAAUCUGCAAGCAGAGCAAACAUCUCUGGUCCAAUGACAAACAUAGUGCUGUUAAUGGACACUACCAGAACGGGAUCCCCAAUGGCAAGUAUAGAAGAAACGGCCACAUUAAGCAUGAAAAAAAGGUGAAAUGAGCCAACAGCCCCAUGUAAAGUAGUAAUGAAUCAGAUCAGUAAUCGAAUUUUAUCGCUGUAACUUAGUCUAACAACUACUUAAAACCUCAAUAAGCAGUUCUAACACUCCCCUUCAGUAUGUAAUAUUAUGUGACAAAAUUCUACGGAACUAAGAGAAGUCUUUAAAAACAAAAACAAAAAAAAGGCAAGCACAACCUAAAAUGGAAAAUAUUUUAUUCUUAAUACUGAUAUGCAGAGAGGUUAUUUUGGCACUGAAGUUUUUAGAAGCCUUAAUUCUCUAAAGUUCUAUACAAUGACCGUAUUUAUGAAUUUUCUGCUUUUAAAAGCUCAGUGUGUGUGUCCCAAACGAGGAGAGGUUUCUUUUUAUUCGCUGAGUUGUUCUCCUUUUAUUUUUUUAUUACUUUAAUAUCUCCAUCCUUUUAGCUGAGAGAACUCUCUAGUGCUAGUUCUGUGUUUCCCCUGUGGAAGGUUCAACCUGUUGUGUAAGAAUGCUAUUUAAAACACGAAUGAUUUCCCCCAGUCUUUAUGCGAGAAAUAGCAAGUCGUGGACUGAGAAAACAAACGUUAAAAAAAAUAGGAAUAAUCUUAAUGAGCACUGAAGAAAAAUGGCAAAAAUAUGUACUCGUUUUACUGAUAAAGCUGCAUGACUCUUCUGCUCGCUACCAGUACUUUGGAGAAAAGGGUCCUGAGUAAGUCUACAGUGUGUCCUAACUUUAACUGAGACAAAAUUUGGUCGCCUUUCUCUGCAUACAGAAUUUAUGCCACAAAAAUAUUAGGGAGUCUUAUUUCAGCUCCAAAUACGGCUGUGUGGGAAGUAGAUUUGCAUAAUUAAGAAAAGAUAAGUGAAACAACAGCAACAAAAAAGAAAAAAAAAAAAGGAACUUAAAAAAAUCUAGCUCUGUGCUUAGUGCAGAAGGUUUUGUGAUGGCCCAGAGCUGUGCAAGACUCGAACCACUCCUUGGGGUUUGUUUCAAGGGAACGACCCCCACACAGCGCUCCCCCCGAGUUGAAUGUCUUUCCUGUUAAUUCUCAUUAAGUUCUUUCUGAAUCGCAAUGUUGUAGAUGUUCUCUUUCAAUGGUUGUAUCUGGAGAAAACAGAAAUAUUACCUUCUAUUAGUCUGGGCCACGCAAUCCAUGUUCCACGUAGUUGCCAAUAGGAAUUCCGCGCUGCGGGCGGUGUCCAGCCGUCCUGCCCGGGGCUGGUGGCACGUGUGGGGUGAGGCCUGGCCACCCGGCGUGCGGAGGUGGCCCUGUGUCCCCCCUGCCUCCAACAGUCCCCUUCAAUCAUUGUCGCCGACACGGGACGCUGGCGGUGAUGUGCGCUUCCAGGGCGGGAAUGCCGGGCGCGGGAUCCUUGCCGCCCUGCUGAACCAAAGUUGGCAACUAUGAGUUUUAUUUCCGUGUCAUUCUGUUUACUUGGAAUUUGCACUACACACGUUGUGAGUGUACGCUUUAUUUAUUUGUAGUUCGAGGUCCCGUGGCUGAAAGGGAAAGGAGGGCAGCCCGUUUUGCCUUGUGUCGCUCACUAACAUGGGAGGAGUUGGGAUGAUGACGGGAUGCUGAGCUCAUCUUCAUACACAGUGAUGCAAAAUUUCAUCGCCAUUCCAUCAGGAGCCUCGGUCCCACAGCAAUAAAUAACAGUGCAGAUACGUUUCUAAUAUGCAGGGCAGCUACUCCUGCUGCUCUCUGAAUACUUGAACAAAAAAAUGGUAUUAUAAAUAGAAGCCUCUUAGCUAUACCUUUUUACAAUCUCGCAGCCCGUGGCAACUACAGGAGCACACAGAGGCGAUGAAUGGUGGGAUGGUGAGAAGACUUCGAGUGUAUGAAUGACUUGGUUUAAAAUGUGGGGGUUUUUUUGGCAUUAAAGAAGGUACAAAAGCACUGACCGGAUGAUUAAGCAUAAUUUAAUCUCCACUGUGAUAAAACUUAAGCAAUAAACAUGGAUUUAAUAGAGAAA